AUGCUUGUACGAAUCGAUUCCCUAGUUGCACGGGGAUUCGGUGAGAAUCAGGCUCCUGCGGAUAUAGAAGUUAUGAUUAGUUCUCUUCAAAGCGAUUUUGAAGAUUGCAAAGCCCGGCUUCCUGUUCCUAUUGACUAUGAUGUAUUUCAAGGCAUUCCAUCCCACGCCUUCGAAAUCCAUCUCCAUCAAACUAUCUUUUUCGAUGUAUACCCAUCUUCCGCCGCGUCAUUCGACCAAUCCAUGGCCCUCCUGCGAAUCGAUGCCCUUUGUCACGGACUAGCGGCUGCAAAACAAUUUAUGAGCUUUUACUUCAGUCUACCACCUGGUAUUGAAAAGAGAUUUAGUUACACCCAAUGGACAAUGACCGGGUUCAGCGUUGCAGCUUCAUGCAAACUUGUUCUCGCAUCGUUGGAGCCAUCCAUUCGAGAUCACGAUCAAGUCCGAGGGUUGCGAGAGACAUUGGAUAUGCGGCAUGAAAUCCAGAAAUCUGUCAAGCGCAUGAAUACGCUUGAUCAGGAGUGUAAAGGUGGGAAGUGGGAUCAACAUGAGAUGUUCUUCUACCAAGAUUGGCUGCGGUUCCUUUCUGAAUGGUUUGAAGAGAAAUAUCGUCUUGCGCAGUCUGAUAGUGCUGGAGAGAAUAAUGGUGCACUGGGAGUCUUCACCACUGGAAUCUCAGAAAAUAAUAUCUAUGAAGAGCCUCAGCCUGAUCCUGGUUUUCCUUGGGUGGAUCUUCAGGACGUUACGAUUGAGGAGAUGUUGAAUGUGUGGUUAGGGCCAAUGAAUAUGCCACACUACUUUUAA